GCCUCAGAGUGGACAUGCUGCUGCAGCACUGAGCCUCCAAACCAUCUACUCCCUCCUUCUCCUUACAGUUUCAACACCUUCAUUUUCAGUCAGCCAUGGGAGUUGCCUACAGCGUUGGAGAGGUUGACCACCUCUACACCUUCUUUGUGCAAUGGUCACCAGAUAUCUACACUAAAGGCAACAAGAAGCACCGCCAGCCCCGCCUCCUCAUUAGAGAGAAGCAUCAGAACCGCUAUCUGGUCGUAGAGAAGAACAAGGUGGCUGUGAUCAACAAGCUCCUCAGCAACCCUGUCAACGCCACUGCUAAAAACUGGGAGAUUAUCAGAGUGAAGGACGCCAAGCGCCGCCUGAGUCUGAGCAGCUCGGAGGACUCAGAGGCGGAGGAGCCUGAGUACCAGGAGGAAGGUGAGGGUGCUCUGCCUGUCCUGAGCGACCACAGCCAGCUGCUGGAUGACCACCACCUGGAGCGACUCGCUGCUCACAUGCCACCAAGGACCCAGGGCUAUCCAUGGCAGCUUGUCUACAGCACCGCCAUCCAUGGGAGCAGCCUGAAGACACUGUACAGGAAUAUGGCUGGUCUGGACAGUCCUGUGCUGCUGGUCAUCAAAGACAUGCACAAGAAGGUGUUUGGUGCUUUUUCAUCACAUCCAUUCAGAGUCAGUAAAUACUGCUAUGGCACCGGAGAAACCUUCUUGUUCAGCUUCAACCCUGACUUUCAGGCGUACAGGUGGAGCGGGGAGAACUCCUACUUUGUGAGCGGCAACUUGGAAUCUCUGCAAAUUGGAGGAGGAGAGGGUGGCUUCGCUCUGUGGCUGGAUGCUGAUCUGUACCAUGGUGCAAGUUUCUCCUGUCCCACCUUCCACAACGCACCACUUUCCACACAGCAAGACUUUAUUGUACAAGACCUCGAGGUCUGGACUGUGCAGAAAUGAGGGAGAACAUCUGAAAAGGCAAUAUAAAAACAGAGUAGAAUCCACAGUAUUGUCUGGAGUUACAGAACUUCAAGACUUCAAGGAGUACAUGCAGUUUAGCCACUACUGUACAAAACCUGACAGAGCAGUUGCUACUGUAUCAUCUGUGUACCUGGCUGAGAUUAGCUUACACAGUGUGAAGCCUGUUCUGGUGGUUCUUGGGCCAGAUUUUCUGUUUACACCGGUUUGAUCUGUGCCUGUUAAAGAGAAGUGGCUCGAUGAAAUCCUGUGAUCCAGGGUCCUGCUGCUUUAAACUACUGGCUAUUCAUCUGUAGCUCCAUGCUUAGCCCAGUAUGUAACUGGCAUCUGAAGCUUUAAGCAAUCCAUGCCCUCCUUUGGUUAUGGAGAGCAUUAUAAUACAAAGUUCAAGGUGUAACACCGUGGGAUAAAAAGUUUGCAACUACUGAAAGCACAUUCAGGUUUUAAGGAAAUGUUUUUUUUUUAAAUUAUUUUCUGUCUAACAACCACAUCUGUUUGUGAAAUUUUACACAUAAACUGUCAUAAAACAUUUAAUUUAUGGUAAAAAACACUGUAAAAUGAUAGGACCCACAAUGCCCUAUCUGGCCUGUAAUGGUACUUUUGAGUUUUUGUCUGACUUGAGGUCUGGUUUGAAUGUUCUGCACCAGCAGAUGAAGGCCUAACCACUCAGGUUCAAAAAUAAAAGUAUAGAGUUGCACUAUGAACAACUUAUUAUGUGUGAAGUGUGCCAUUUGUGUUGGAAGUAACCUCAGCCAUUAACUGUCACUUCAUUUUUUUGAAAGUGAAACACCUGCCUGCCCAUUUACGUAGAUGGAUACUGUUUUAAGGAAACAUUUGAAAUCUUUUACAUCUUUUUACUAUCUAUAUAUUUAAAUGUAUUUUUAAGAAAAAUGUUCCUGUGUGUCUGUUUGUUUUACAUUUCUUUGUGUGCAAAUCAGAGUCUGUCAGGCAGUGCUGGCACUGCCAAUGUUUUUGUGAAACCACAUUAAAACUUUCCAGGUGACACUGAUUAAA